AGAUCUCCUGCUCAAAAUUAAACCACACACCAUUAUUUGUUGCUAAAUACCCAGUCGGAAUAAAUUAUCGCGUAGAGGCCAUAAAAUCACUUUUAGACAUUGGAUCAAAUGAUGUUCGUAUGGUAGGGAUGUAUGGCCCUUGUGGAGUGGGUAAGACUACCAUCGCUAAAGCUGUCUAUAACACAAUUUAUAAACUUUUUGAAGGAAGCAGCUUUCUAGAAAAUGUCAGAGAUAGGUUUGGGACAUUUAAUGGUGCAAUCCAAUUACAAGAGACACUUCUUUGUGAGAUUUUAGGGGAUAUGAAUUUAAAGGUUGGUAAUGUAUUCAAAGGAAUCAAUUUGAUAAAGGAAAGGCUUUGUAGUAAAAGGAUUUUUUUAAUUCUUGAUGAUGUGGAUAAAUUAGACCAAAUAGAAAGAUUAAUUGGAAAAUGUGAUUUGCUUGCUCCUGGGAGUAGAAUCAUAAUAACCACAAGAGACAAACACUUGCUAGCUACCCUUGGAAAAGGUCUUUCUACUUACGAUGUUAAGGAAUUAAAUGAUCGUGAAGCUCUUGAAUUAUUUAGUUUGCAUGCGUUCCAAAGAAACAAACCCAAGGAAGAUUAUUCAAAACUUACAAACCAAGUUAUACGUUUUGCUAAAGGCAUUCCAUUAGCUCUAGCAAUAAUAGGUGCUGAUUUGUAUGGAAGAGAUCAAAUGGAAUGGAAAAGCACAUUAGAUAAGUAUGAAAGAAUUCCAAACAAAAAAAUUCAAAAAAUACUCCAAAUAAGUUAUGAAGGAUUGGAUGAAACUGAAAAAGUUAUCUUCCUUGAUAUAGCAUGUUUCUUCAAGGGAGUUUGCAAGAAUUAUAUUGUAGAUAUACUAAAUUCUUGCAAUUUAUACCCAGUUAUUGGUAUUCGAAGACUUAUUGAGAAGUGUCUCAUAACUAUUGAUCGAUAUGACAAAUUAUGGAUGCAUGACUUGGUACAACAAAUGGGUAGAGAAAUUGUUCGACAAGAAUCACCACAGAUACUUGGAAUGCGUAGCAGGCUAUGGUGUUAUGAGGAUGUUGUUGAAGUGCUAACUGAAAAUAAGGGAUCUGAAAAAGUUCGAGGCAUGAUGAUCUACUCUUCUGAACGAGCAAAGUUGCAAUUAGAAGCUAAAUGUUUUGAAAAGAUGAAAAAUCUUAAAUUCCUUAUAGUUGGUAAUGUAGAUAUUUGUGGAAGUGUUGAAUAUUUUCCAAAUGAAUUAAGGUUGCUUGAUUGGCCCGAAUUUCCUUUACCUUCCUUACCAUCUAAUUUUCGUCCUCAAAAACUCAUUGCACUCAGCAUGCCACAAAGUCAAAUUAUAUUGGAUAAAGUUCUUGAGAUGGGACAAUUCAAAAGCUUGACAUAUAUGAAUUUUCGUUCAUGUCAAUACAUAAGGAAAUUAUCCGACUUAUCUAUCGCCACCCCAAACAUAAAAGAAUUGGAUCUCUAUCAAUGUAGAAAUCUAGUUGAAGUUCAUGACUCUGUUGGACAUCUUGAUAGGCUUGAAAAGUUGGACCUCUCUGGGUGCACUAGACUUCAAAUUCUUCCAAGCUGCCUCAUGAUGAAAUCUCUUAAACAAUUAAUUCUUUAUGAGUGUAGAAGGCUUGAGAAGUUCCCCAAUAUUUCGCAUGAAAUGGAUGGAUUAGAGUAUCUAACUUUUAUUGGAACUGCUAUUAAAGAGUUACCUCCAUCAUUUGAGAAUCUUACUAGGCUUGAGAGAUUGCACCUAGGAUUGCACCUAGGUUCAGGAUAUCUUCCUAGUGGCAUCUAUAAUAUGCAAAAUCUUCAUGAGCUCUAUAUUUGGGGUGAUUUAAAAUUUCCAAAGGACAUGGAGAUUGAUAGACAAGCUCUGUCUAAUGAUUACAAUGGCUUUUCCAAAUAUGGGUUUUGGAGCUUGACAUUUCUAGCUCUUGUUUUUUCUAAAAAUAGUCUAGAAAUAGAUCUUAUUUUGCCUUCUUGUUGCCCACUCUCAUUGCAAGAAUUAUUAAUACAGAGUGACGAUUUUACCCUCCCAGAAAGCAUUUUGAGGUUCAAAAAGUUACGUGUGCUUCACAUUUGGCAUUCCAUCUUCCUUCAAGAAAUUCCUAAGCUUCCAGAAAGUAUAAGAAUAGUAGAACUAAAAAAUAGCUUGUUGACUUCAAAAUCAUUGUACAAAUUAUUGCUUCAGUUUGGAAGAAUUUUAGGGUUUCCACAAAAUAUUGCGUGUUCAGGUGUAAGAAGUGACAUAUUAUUGGAUUCACAGUCAUCUAGCAGAUUAUCGCAUCAGAUUGAUCCCUCUUGGUUCCAUCCCUCCAAGCUCCCUGAAGUUCGAACUAAGUUUAAUGCUAGUCCAUAUGUGUACCGGAGUUUUCAAGAAGAUGACACUGGACAUGAUUGUCACAUUAGAGUACCUGGAAAUGAGAUUCCAAAGUGGUUCAACCAUCAAAGCGCUAGAAGUUCGAUAUCAUUAUGGGUUGGUCCAGAAUUUCCGACAUUUGCUCUUUGUGUUGCUUUUUGUUUGGAAGAUGAAAAUGCAUACGCUUAUGUUUGUGUUGUUGAUGUUUUCACCAAUGGUCAUAAACAAACGCUCAUAGAGGAACUCUUUGAUAAUUUCUGUAAUGAUAAUCGGUGGUUUUACGGUGCAUCCCAUAGGUUAAUGCAGCAUAUUUUUGGAAACUUUAUUCAAGGAGAUCAGAAUCAUGUUGAAAUUUCAUGUAAGAUCUCUUCUUGGACUAGCGAAACUGGCGGAGUAAUCGCUCCUACCAUUGCAAGGUUAGGGGUCCAUGUGAAAUGUAUUUGUGGUCUUCAGAGUUCUGUUAUCAACCAUGAAAAUUAUUAUUCAAAGCUUCCAAUGGUUAUGGUAAAUGGGUCUGACUUUAGUUUGGGUGAGCCAAAUUUGGAAAUUGACUCAAUUGCUGGUGAUGAGUUUGAUUUGGGUUUGUCUUCAAUGGGCUGUUCCUCUAUGAAUGAUGUCUUUGACUUCAAUCCGUAUCCACUGUCGAAGAAAAUAGGAAACCUCUUGAGGAAAAGAGACCAAAUAUAUCGAGAUGUAGUGGAUAGCAAUAAGGUUCUUGUUGAUGCUGACCCAGCUGGAGAAGCUGUUCCUAGAGGAUCCAGCCAUAGCCCUAUUAGCCCCCUAGGCGAAGGCUCUUCAGUGACCGGAGGAGAAUCAUUUGAUGUCGAUUCCAUUCAUGAGAGGACCGAUCUCCAAGGGAAGUGUGGUAAGGUUUCAGCGGUUUGA